AGCUAGUGACUUUUAUUUUGUAAUCACCAGAGGCGUCUAAAUCAAGGACCUCCAUACAGGCAGCUGAUGAUACUGCCAGCUGAUACACUAUUCAUUUAAUAAAUAAAUAAAGCAGCAUUUUUUCGCGACAUACAGGCUCGAAUGGAACAGAGGAUGUUUGUUUUUAUCAUAAUCAGUUUAAUUUGACGAAUGUCCAUGGUAUCUAAGGGGGAAAUGUGUGGAUUUAUGGAGUCAGAGCUUUAAAUGAGGAUCAUGGCGUUUCCGGAGGGAGAAUCGCUCGAAUCCUGGAUCAACAAAGCCACACAUCCGACCAACAGGCAGGAAGACUGGGAAUACAUAAUCGGGUUUUGUGACCAGAUCAAUAAGGAAUUGGAAGGUCCUCAGAUAGCUGUGAGACUCCUCAUUCACAAAAUCUAUUCUCAAGAAUGGGAAGCCCUUCAAGCUCUGACGGUUCUGGAGGCGUGUAUGAAGAACUGUGGGCGAAGAUUUCACAACGAAAUAGCCAGAUAUAGGUUUUUAAAUGAGCUGGUUAAAUUGGUUUCACCCAUGUACAUGGGGAAGAAUACUUCUGAAAAGGUGAAGAAUAAGGUCAUUGAGAUGCUGUACAGCUGGACAGUGGCGUUUCCCAAUGAGUCCAAGAUAGCAGAUGCGUACAAGGCACUCAAGAUGCAAGGACUCGUGAAGUCGGACCCAGAACUGACGGUGGACAAAACCCUGAUCCCGUCCCCUCCCGCACGGCCCAAAAACCCUGUGUUUGACAACGAGGACAUGGGGAAGUUGUUGGCUGAACUUCUGAGGAGCAAAAACCCAGAAGAUCUCCAGGAGGCGAACAGACUCAUCAAAAACAUGGUGAAAGAGGAUGAAGCCCGAGUGCAGAAAAUGACCAAACGCAUCAACACACUGGAGGAGGUGAACAACAACGUCAAGCUUCUGGGCGAAAUGCUGAGUCACUACGACAAGGACCGGUCAUCAGACGCUGACCGCGAGCUCAUCAAGGAGCUGUACGAGCGCUGUGACAAACUCCGACGCACCGCGUUCAAACUGGCCACUGAAGCGGAGGACAACGACUCCAGUUUGGGUGACAUUCUCAAGGCAAACGAUGAUUUGUCCAGAGUAAUUGGCUCUUAUAAACGGAUUGUAGAAGGACAGGCGGACAAUGGCGAGGGUGAUGAUCUCCUACCGGCUGCUAGUGAAGGAUGUGAGACCACGGGCACAUUGAUUGAUCUGGCUGGCCUGGAUGAACCAUCCUCUCCCCCAACUGUCCCACCUCCUACUCUUCCACCUCAGGUCCCUUCAACCAAUCCCAUAGCCUCGUCCAUCCCUGUGCUGCCACCUCCUCCUCGCCGAUUGGCAACCGGUCAUGGCAGUCAGACAAGCAGCCCCAAUCACAAACCGCCUGAGCAGCAGACCUCCCUCUCAUUACUGGACGAUGAACUCUUGUCUCUCGGCCUGAAUGAUCCUCCCUCUGUGCCAAACAGACCAAAGUUGGAUGAACUGUCUGGUCAAUGGACGUCCUUACAGGCUCCUGAUCCGGGCCUGGACCUGUUUGGGAGCAUCUCGGCACCGAGCGCCGUCUUUCCGUCAACACACACACCUGCGCAGACCUCACACACCCCAGCUGUCAGUCAGGGGCUGCAGGAUCUCUCCAUGCUGGACUUUGGAGGUGGAAAGAGUGUUUCUGGUCUAAGCGGUAUUGCUGGAGGUACUUUUGGUCUCUCUGGAGGUGUCAUGGGCUCCGCGGCCGGCCCUCUUCAGUCCACUAACCCGUUUGUGAGCGCGGCAGUGCCCGGCUCGCCCGCUGUGGCUCGGGCUCAGGCGGUGACAGCCGGCUCGGCUCCUGGCAGCCCUUUCUUUCAGCCCUUCUCAUCCCCAUCCCACUCGCUCCAGAGCAGCCCAGCGCGUAGCUCCGAGCCCAGCCUGUCCAACCUGUACGUCCCGAUUGAGUCCAUCAGACCCAGUAAGGUCUUACCUGUGACGGUGUACGAUAAAGAUGGAGUUCGUGUUCUUAUGCACUUCGCGAUGGACUGUCCGCCGGCUCGACCGGACGUCCUGGUCAUUGUGGUAUCGCUGCUCAACACGGCGCCGUUACCCAUGCGGAACAUAUUGCUGCAAGCAGCGGUUCCAAAGUCUAUGCGAGUGAAGCUUCAGCCUCCAUCAGGCACAGAGAUCGCUCCCUUUAACCCCAUCCUGCCCCCUGCGUCCAUUACUCAGGUCAUGCUGCUCGCCAACCCACUGAGGGAGCGCGUGCGUUUGCGCUAUAAGCUGACGUAUCUUCUGGGAGAACGUCAGUACUCAGAGGUGGGAGAGCUGGAUCAGUUUCCUCCGGCAGACAGAUGGGGGUCCCUGUAGAUCUCCAACACUCGCCGCCGUUUACCUGCUCGAACUCUCACCCCUUCAUUCCCAAGUAUCCUCAUUCAUUUGUGCUGUUUAUUUAUGUUCAAUCAGUGUUUUACUGUAGCUUUGUGAAGCAGCAUUUGAUGCUUGAUGUUUUUAGCGAAAAUUCAAGCUGGAUAUUAAUACAAUAAUGCAACGUCAGUGACACACAUGAUGUCCUGAAACGGAUGCACACGUUUCAGAGAUUGAUCUUUUGUGUGCUGCCCUUACAGCAGUUUACCAUGGUAAAUCAUAGUUUCCAUCAAAACACCACAGUAAAACAAUAACUGACUGGCACUUUCAACAAAUAGAACUAAGUUAUUGUAAUAAAAUUAAAUAAAAUUUGUGUAUUAAUUACAUAUUUUGUAAAAUUAAUUAAAUUUGUGUAAAAUUGCUUCAUGGAAGCUUGUUUUAGUCAGGGAUUUAAAAAAUGUAAAAGAUAAUUGUGGCUUAUUCUGAUUUUUAUCAGAAUUGUGAGAUAUGAAGUUGCAAUUGCAUGUUAAUUAAUUUAAAUUUAAUUAAUUUUAAUUUAACUUUGAGCGGGAAUAUUGGCAGAUACCGAUCUGCGGUCGAUCGAUCAGAGCAUCCCUAGUUAUAAAUUCAGAAUUGCAAGAUAUAAACUCGCAAUUGAGGAAAAAAAGUCAGAAUUAUAAUUAUAAUUAUAAUUUAUUUGUGUACGCUCACAAUAACAACAAAUCAUUGGUCUUUUGUAAAAUAAAAUAAAUAAAAAAAACUGCGUGCGCUUUUAGCUGUCUCUCUGCUAGAAUCUUUCUGGAACGUCUCAGAAAUUUUACUUAAACUCAGAGAAUAAUUGUACCUAAAGAAAAAAAAACAUUUUUCGAUAAGAAAUUCAUAGGUCUGUUUUAAAUAAGAGGCGAUCUAUCGGCUGGAACGUGUUUUUUUCUCAAAUCAUGGCCAGUGUUGCUGCUGUUAUCAGUUCUCUUGACUCUCGUGCACACUCUGCGUUUCACAGAUAAUCGAGCGUUUCGUUCUGGUAAAAGCACAAAACAAAAUGCAGACAACGUGUCCUUGCUCUUGAUGUACAAUCACUGAUGAACACCUUUGGUUUUAAUGAGUAAAUUAGCCUAUAGUUAUUCCUGCCUGCCGGUAUUUAGUCUGCGAUAUCAAAAUCACUAAACAUUAUAGCAUAUAUACUAGCCUAAUAUUACUCAAUAAUAACAUCAAAUGUUAUUAACCUUUAUUUUUUCUAAUCAAACCAGUUUCAGAACGUUUAUAAUACAGAAGGAACGCUGUAACAGAAACGUUAAAAUACCGAUUCUGCUCGGAGUGGAGUGAUUUAUUAUUAUUAUUAUUAUUUUUUCCGUUUUUAAGUCCUGGUAUAAAGUUUAGUAAAAUGUUGAUAAAUUGUGCAGUCUUAUACUGGUAUCCCAGAUUUCAAUAUUUGGUAGUUUAAAUGCCUGCUUGAGGUCUCUGUGAAAGUUUUAAAGCUGUUUUAAAGCAGUCUCAUGUGCCGCUUUCAGACUGGUCACGUCCGUAACGGAAAACUGUCACAUCCGUAACGUUGUUUUUUCCUCAUUUAUGCGAACACGAAAAAUGAAAUAAAAUUAUUAUUUUAUGCUCUGUGGAGAGCCAACCCUUCUUCAUUAGGUGGGCAGUAUUACUUUUGGUUUGCGCAAUGUAAUUCGCAGAAUUCUUAAAAAAUAUGUUGUCACCCAAAACUUAGUGAC